AUGACAAUCACACUACCGGAGGAGGUCAUCUACCAGAUCUUCUCCUAUCUCGACCCUCGCUCUUUAGCAGCCACUCUACAAUGCAACGCCACCUUCUACCGUAUCGCCACCACUCCGGCAUUCUGGGAGCUGUCCUACCUCUUACGAUGGACAACAGGCGAUCUUAAACGCGAGGCCAACAGAGGCGUCAUCGAAUGGAGAAGACAAAGAAGGCUGCAGAGGAUGACCGAGCACGCACGCCGAGCAGCCGCAGAGAAGGGGCUCGCAUCAGCGUCUCCGUCGGAAUCGCCCUUCAGAGACUUGCAGCUGGAGGAGGGGCAGCCUGGCCCGAGCACAGCAUUCGAGCUUGACUUCUAUCGACUGUUCUUGGAACGCAUUGCCAUCGACGAAGAGGUGCUGGAGACGCUCUAUGAGCAGGUCGAGGCGACACACGGUCGCAUCCCCGCGAUCACCUCGCUAGCUAGGCGCUUUGGGAACGAUGCAAAAGAUGUGCUGACUGCGGUGGUCGAGGCUCAGUCGAGCUGUCCUUCUUGGACACGCGAUGGACUUCCCCGCAGACAUGACAUAUCUGAUACAAAUCAACGAAGAUCAGUGAAGGGCAAGGGCAAGGACCCCUUGGCCUACGACUUGGACAGUUAUCGCAUCAAUGCCUACCAAGCGCAUCUUCCCACCACACUGCGAUCCGACACGCACCACCUGGUCAUCCUCCACCACGCACGAGAGAUGCUCGAGCACCUCCAGCGACGCGAAGCGAUGUCAAAGCUGAGCAUUCUCUCCAGAUCGGAAGACGAUACCCUAUCUUCUGGCCCAUCGAUACCUCCCGCACCCUCCCUCCCGCGUCAGACCGAAAUCGCCGUCUCGCUCCUCACCAUGUUUCGCGGGGGCGAGUCCACCUACGUCUCAUCUCAACUCGACCUCCUCGCCGCAGCAUGUGAUCUGUACCUCCAAACUCGCUUCCCCCCAUCAGAUGGUCCCGUAUCACUGGAGCGGGCCAAAGAGAAAGCCAUGGCGAUCUGCGACUUUCUUUCAGACCACGGCUUCCGCGGGGCCGCGGACGACCUUUUCUCGGACCUGGACAACCACUUCCUCCACCAUUGCUUCACUACCAAUCGCGAAACCCUUCCUCUCUCCCUCACACUCAUCUUUUGCGGUCUCGCAAAUCGGCUAGGCCUAGUUGCUUCGCUGUGCAACUUCCCCAUGCGCAUCCUGGCCUUUGUCUCUGCCGACUCUCGUCUCCCUUCUUCCACCGAAACCUUGGAAAAUGUGACGCAGACGUUCUGGCUCGACGUGACGGCGUACACGCUUGCGGCGAGCGAUGCGCACUCCCCCACCCCCAGCGAUCCUUUCGCGAGACGCGACUCGUGGGUUCGCGAACGACCUCCCGUGCUGGAGCGCGAAGAUCUGGUCGAAUGGGUGGGGAGGAUGGGUGUGCCUCCGAACGACGACUUUUGGCGACCCGCCAAGCCGGGGGAUAUGGUGCAGAGGGCGGCGCGCAAUGUGCUGGGGAGCGUGCAGCGGGCGCAGAUCGCGCCGAGGCAGGCGCAGAUGGGACAAUUGGGGCAGGCGAGGAGUGCAAUUCGGCAGAUGGAGGUGAGUCGGCGGGCAGCGAGGGUGGAGGUGCAAUGGAGGGAGCUGGUUCGGGUGGAUUAUGCGUUUCUCAGCGCUCUUCACGGUCGAACGACUCCCAUCGAACACGAGACCAUCAAACAACGUGUCGCAAGAGCGUUAGAAGGGCAUACGGAGGUAGUUGAAGACGAGACGGUGUGGGGUAUCGUGAAGACGUGGCGUCGAGAGUCGAUGCGCGCGCUCACGGAUGCACCUGAAAGCUGGACCCGCCCAGCGUCGUCUCCAGCCACCCACUUCCGAGAGUGGAUGGCACAGCGCGGCGAGGACAACGACUGGACGCUCACCCGUGCCAACCUGCAUCGCCGAGCAGAUCACUGGUCCGAACACGAACAGCAGGCUGCCAAGUACGCCGCGGUCAACGCGUUCCUCCGGCUGAGCACGCAUGUCAACGCGAGGGAGGUGGAUUGGAUCGCCGGGUUUCUGCAGAGUUACUUCAUGCUGGACGUCGAGUUUGUUGAGCGGGACUUUCUCGGCAUCGAUCCCGAAGACAGCGACGAGGAGGCAGAAGGGAGCGAUUCGAGCGGCGAAGCGAGCUUCUCAGCGAACGAGGUGCGGAAUGGUAGGGAGGCUAGGCGAGGUGUGGCCGGCAUGGUGACGAAUUCCAGUGCGAGGGUGGUGCUAAGCCGGAUGCUGCGCGCGGUACGGAUGAAGGAUGCCGAGGAGCCCCGGGUGAAUCGUCGGCCGUCCUCGACUCGAAAGAAGGGUGCACGCGCGGAAAAUACAGUGGGGUAUCGAGUAGGCACAGUUUUCAGACACCGCACGUAUCGGUAUGUCGGCAGCGUGCUGGGAUGGGACCCCUACUGCGCCGCACCGGAGGACUGGAUCGUCAACAUGGGCGUCGAUCGGUUGCCCGCCCCCGCCUCGGCGCGCAGGGGAGGAAGACAUCAGCCGUUCUACCACUCGCAGGUGGCAGAUGGGACGCGGAGGUACGUCGCCGAGGUCAAUGUCGAGUCGAUUUCGGGGCCCAUCUGGAUCUACGGCACGCCACCAGAGGAAAGGGGAGAGAUGGAGGAUGAAGUGGUGGAAGAGGGAAGGGUGCUUGGUGGAGCGGUGCACAGGAUGCUGGAGCUAAGAGGGCUGGGAGAGUACUUCAGAUGUUUCGAUCAGAAAAGGGGAAGGUUGCGGAGGUGCAGGGAUGCACGGAUGAUGUUUCCGGAUGAUGUGUCUGAUGAUGAAGAGGAGGAGGAGGAGGAGCAGGAGGAGGAGCAGGAGGCCCGGAUGCAGACAGAUGAAGAAGAGUAUGCAGUCGAGAGGCUGUCGGAGGAUGGAAGCUGGUGA